AUGCAGAGGCUUCUUUAGGGCGCUUUAUGUAACUGUAAUGCGUUUAAUACAAAUGGCACAUCGUUAUAAUGAAAUAGUUUAUUUUUCUGACUAGAAAACAAACAAUCACACGGUUAGGUACUUUAUCGUCUGUCCAGGCUAACACAAAUGAAGACAGGGCUUCUAUUAUCGUCGUUUUUAUACUAGCUAAGCAGCCAUAUUGUAUUAAGUGCCUUUUUAUCGCAUAUUAAAAUAUUCCUCUGCAUGUUAACAGCGAUAAACACGGAGUAACAGUGCCAUGGUGGAGGAGAGAGGGACCCAGGACAUUCAGUACUUUCCCACAACGACCUGACGACCCUCCUCAACAUUACCAAAGACAAACCAGCUAGCUAACAAUUUACUAUAUUUCUGAUAAAUUUAUAUUUCUUAAAUUUCAAUCAUGGCUGCUGCUUUGUUGAGAAGAGGAACAGGAUUAUGUGUAAGAUGUAUUCACAGGGAGCUGUGCAGACUUGUGUGGAGGCCACAGACUGCUCUUUUCAGCUCCAAAGCAUCAGACAAAAAACAACCACGGAGAACACACAUCAAGAAAGCUAAGCCACAGCCAGCGCUGGAUGUUGCUAAACUGUUGGAGCAACUUUACUCCCAGCGCAGGCCGGGACCAGUGACCCCUGCUGUUAAAGCUCGUCCUGCCAAAGCCUCGCCCGUGCCUCUGUCGUCUUUUUCAGCUGCUCCAUCUGGGACACCAGAAGUCGCCACUGCUCCACAUCCAGUAGAAGCUCCAACCACAAACUAUGCACAAACCAAAACCACAAACUCAGGAGUAGAUAUUAUCUCUCAAACUACCAAAGAAAUACCCACAGUAGAAACCAUAACAGAACCCCCAUUAGAAACCAACUCUGUCCUUAUUGAAACCCCAACUAUUCCAGCUGAGACACUUGAAACUGGAGCUGCAACUGUUGAAGGUCCAGUGGAGCCUGAAAUAAGGAUUACAGAUGAUAUAGCAGCUGAAACCGAAAGCACGGACUCAGGGAUUGAUGUUAUGUCAGAAGCUGCAACAGUAAAACCCUUAUUUGAACCAUCAGUAGAUGAAACAGUACCAAACCACAGCACAGACUCAGGUCUUUUUACCAUCCCUUACAAUACUAAAGAAGAACCUUUAAUAGAAACAACAGAACACUCCUUAGAGGCCAGCAACUCUCCUCAGGAAAUACUUGAAAAUAAAGCAGAUGUAGCUGAAGGUUCGGUGGAAACUGUUAUAAAAACUGUAGCAGAUACAUCAGAUCAAGCUGUACAUGCCAGCGCUGCAGAUCCAGGUCCUGUCAACCUUUUGCACACUACAGAAGUGUCCUUAAUCGAAACAGUGAUAGAACCAGAAGUAGAAACCAGUAGCUCUUCUCUCGAGACUCUAGAAAUAGGCAUGGAUGUUGCUGACCUUCCAUUAGAGCCUUCAGUUGAUGCAAGAGGUUCCCCAGCUCAGUGUGUACUAAGUAGCAGUCCAGACUCAAGUCAUGUUGAUCUUGCGUGUACUGCUGCAGUGGAAACCAUGGUAGAACCAUCUGUUGAGGCUGGUACCUCACUACUUGAAACACUAGAGAGUAAAACUGCUGUUUCUGAAGGUUCAGCUGAAAUGACAGCAGACACUGUAGAAGAAACAGCAGCUCAAUCUGUACAAAACAACAGCGUAGACUUUGGAGUGGAUGACGGCUCAUUCAUUGCUAAAGAUGAACCUUUGAUAGAGAAUACAACAGAACUCAUAGCAGAGGCCAGAACAUCUCCAGAUGUUUCUGAAAGUAAAGUAGAGUCCACAGUAGAGACUGAAUCUGCUGAAAACCUCUCAGACACCACCUCAAUCCAAAAUAUGAAAGAAUCUGCACCCCUCACUUUGGAAAGUGAAGUUGUAUUUAGAGAAGAGUCACCUUCAGGGCUUAUUGCUGAGGAGGAGGGAGUGAACAAGCCUGAACAAAUGACUUUAGAGUCUGUAACUCUCCAUGGAGUCCAGAUUCAGGUAGAGUCUUUAAAAACCGAGGAGCUCCUCCAAGCAAAUUCUUUUCUUGAGGAGAAAGCAGAACAAGAACUCCAGGAGAUGUUGGUCCAGACUGGAAGUGGAGCUGAAAGCAAAGCUGUAGCUGAAACUACAAGUGAAGAUGAGAGUGAAAAUAUAAGCCAAGUUCUCUCAAAGUGGGACUCCCUGUCUGAGGAUCUUCAAAAGUUAGAAGGAGAAAGUGGAGCGUUGGUGAAGGAGCUGCUUUGGCACAUUCCUGCAGCGGCUACUAAAUCUUCUGACUUGGCCAGUGAUCCUCUUGACUCUACGUCAACCAAGGAGAAGGAAGCUGAAGCCGAAUCCAUGACGCUGGAAUCAGUAACUCUGGCCAGUGUGAAAGCUGAAGUUAGAGAUCUUGAAACUGAAAUUCUGUUAGAAGCUAGGAAUGAGCUUGAGAAAGAGGCUGAGGUGCUUGCAAAAGAGGGGAAAAUGGAAGUAACAACCAAGGGAGAGGACGAUGAGGAUUCUGCUUUUGAUAGCUUGACAGAAGCUGAAAUUUUAUCAUUUGACUCCCUUGCUGAAGUGACAGAUGCAAUAGAGGCUGAGACAUCUGUUAUUUUAGAAGCCAUGUUUGGUUCUGAACAAGGACCGAGGCAGCCAGCAGACACUCAGCUUGUCAAUCCCAAAUUGGAGCAACAGGUUGAACCAAUCAGUCAGGAAGAGAAAAAGGGGCCAAAAGAACAGGAAGUCGGCAUCAUAGAGGCCAUGACUCUUGAGUCUGUGACUUUAGCCGAAGUGGAGGCAUCUUUGGGAACUCUGGAGAGUGAGUUUUUGAGUGAAACCUCGAAUUAUCUGGAGAAAGAAGCAGAAGUUCUUGCUGGAGAGGAAAAGAUGGAGAUGGAGACCAAGGAUAUGAAGGCAUCUGAAGAGACAACUGAGGCUCUGAACUUUGAGUCUUUGUCUCUUUCUGAAGAUGAAGCUCUGCAGGUAGACACACUAAUGGAAGACCUGCUCUUUUCUGUUCCUGGGCCUAUGAAAGAUGUAACUGAAGGCCCGACUCAUCAGGAGGCUGAAAGAGAAAAUAAAUCUGAUGCAAUGGUUGCCACUGGCUCAGUCAACAUUGAUACAGUAACUGUGAUGGAGGAUGAUUUUUCAGCUUCUCCCAGUGAUCUCCUGGAGAAAGAGGAGAUAGCGGAGGAGGUGAGAGCUCAGACUGAAGCCUUGGAGACUGUGGAUGGUGCAGGGACACACACUGAUUUAGAUCCAGUACAAAGACUCUUCCUGGAGAAGAUCAGAGAAUACAGUAACAAGCACAGGUUGAGCGGAGGCCCUUUGGAGGCUGAGUCAGGUUAUGAGAAAAACCUGUCAGAGGAGACUGCAAAGCUCCAGAGACAGUUUGGAGGAGGAGACCUGAACAGCUUCCCUGAGUUCACCUUCACUGAGCCCAAAAUGGACCAGGAUUCCUAAUGAUCCAUGCUGCCUACCUCCUAUUUCUUAUGCUCUUCUGUAGCCUCCUAGUCUCUUUCCUCUCUGAUUUCUGCCUCUAUUACCUUCUCAUUUCACUACAAAGAGGCACAAAGAGAGAAAAGGAUGUCUGCAUGGGUGAUCUGAUGUGAAAAUAAGGGAAAAGGUGUCCCUGGCUGGCUGUUUAUACUGUGCAAUAGUAACAGACAAUUCUUAUAUUAAAGUAGCACUUUUAAAAGGA